CAUGGAGUGUACCUAGUUAUAUUCCAUCAGACUAUCCCAUUAUCACAUAUGAGAUAGGAUAUCAUAUCUUACCGUCUGUUAACUGUUCAAUGGUAAAUGAAGAUGACAUUGAUAUUCAAACACUACAGUUCUCUAAUUCAACCAAUGGCAAUACAUUUACUACCAUCACUGGUCUUAAUGAUAUGUCUUGUUAUCUUUUUGGUGUACGUGCAUACACUGAUAAUGGAUACGGAGAAUGGACAGUUAUUGCUAAUGAGACAUUACCACUACCACCACAGCUAUCAACUAGUAAAAUGUUUUUAUCAUCAGUUCAAUCAGCUAUUUCUAGCUCAUCUAGUGGGUAUUGUUUAGUUAGUUGUCCUUUAUGUAACUGCACUUCAGUCUGUAAUGCUACUCCAGUUUCAGUAAUCCCAUCAACUAGUGAUACAUCAGACAGUGUCAUUGCUCUUAGUGUGUCAGUGGGUAUAUUGUGUGGUCUACUAACUGUCAGUGUUGUUGUUCAUAUCUACUGCUUUAUAAGAAAGAAAAGUCCAUGUACUUUUAAUAAGCAAACAAAAGCUGAUGAUGAUAUUGCAAUGCAAGUAUGUGAACCAUAUGAAAUUCACAAGACUAAACAAAGUGAAGAGAAUGAAGGAGUCUAUGAUGAAUGUCAAACAUCACCUGAUGAUGUUUAUGAGCGUAUUCCACAAUGAAUGUGUACUAUAAAGUUAUACUUAAUAUUACUGUUGUCACUAGUUUUGUUGUAGCAUUUAUAGAUUGUGUACAAAAAGGACAAAACUUUACAUACUUGUGAAUAUGUAUUAUGAUAAUUAGUA